AUGGGAGUAAAAGGACUUUGGUCUAUAGUAGCACCUAUAGGUGUUCGUGUUAAUCCUGAAAUAUUUACUGGAAAAAGAAUAGCAAUUGAUGUAAGUAUAUGGCUAUAUGAAUUAAUAUAUGGAAAUAAUUUAAAAAGUUCACGAAAUAAUAAUUUUGAUGAAUUAGGAGGAGUAUUUAAUGAUUUAUGGCUAGAUUUUAGUGAACAAAAUAGUGAUAUAAGAUUAAACAAUUUAAAAAAAGGACAUUUAUAUUUUUUUUUUUUAAGAAUAUGUAAAUUGUUAUAUUAUAAUAUAAGACCGAUUUUUAUUUUUGAUGGUACUCCUCCUGAAUUAAAAAAAAGAACUAUAUUUCAAAGAAAUUUAAAAAGAAAAAAUAAUGAAGAGAAAGUUAAAAAAACAGCAGAAAAAUUAAUAUAUAAUUAUUAUCAUAAAAGUUUAUUAAAAUUGUUGAAAAAAAAAAAAGAAAAGAAAGAAAAAAAAGAUGGUAUAACAGGUUCUAAAAAAAAUAAAGAUCUUUCUAACGAAAAAGACAAUAAAAAUCCUGAUUUAGUAGAAAAUGAAAAACAAGAAGAUAUAAAUCCUUUGAAUAAUGAAUUAAAUAAAUUAGGUACAAAUAAUUUAAUUGAAAUAUAUGAGGAUAUAAAAGAAAAUAAUGAAUCAUUAAAUAGAAUUUCUGAAAAUGUAGGAAGUGUAAAAAUAACAGCAAAGGAAGUAUUAAAUAUUUGUAAUAACAAUACAGAUGAUUUAAAUAAAAUAAAAAGUAAAGUUCUCAUGCUUACUGAUGAAGAUAUUUCUAAGUUAGACCAAAAUAAAGAAGUAACAAAAACCGCUAUAGAAAUCGGAAAAGAAAACAAUGAUGAAAUAGUUGAUGAUAUUGUUAUGACAAAAAAUAUGAUAAGAAAAAAAUACUAUGCAGGUAUACCAGAAGAUUUCAAAGGAUUCUUAUCUAUGCGAAGAACAGUUGAUAUUAUAGAUAUAAAUAAUUUUAAUAUAAACAUUGAUGAAGUUACAAAAAAAAUGAAAGAAGCAGAACAAAAAUAUUCAAACAAAUGCGAUAAAAAUGUGUUUUCAAAUAUAUCAACAAGUAUGUUAUUAAAUAAUGAAGAAGCAGAGAUGGGAGAUGAAGAGGUCGAGGUUAUUGAAAAUGUUGAAAAUGAAAUGAAUGUUGAAGAAAACAUUAUGAGCUAUAUUAAAUCAGAAAAUAAAAUGAACUCAAAAGAAAUAAACGUUUUAGAGAUGCCAACGAAUAAUUUAUUUGUAGAUGGGAAAGAUGAAUAUAAAGUUUAUUAUGUAAAUAAUGAAGAAAUAAAAAUUCCAUUAUUUAAAGAAAUAAAUAAAGAAGUAUUUGAAAAGUUACCAGUUAAAUUGCAAUAUAGAAUAUUGCAAGAUAUAAAAGAGGAAUGGUAUGCAGACAAUAGAUUAAAAGCUAUAAAAUCAAAAGAUGAUAUGGAUAUUUUUUCACAAGUUCAAAUUGAAACAUAUAUUCGUAUGAUUAAAACAGAUUUUGAAAUUGAAAAAUUAAAAAUAAAAAUGGCAGAAAAUAUACAAAAUGAAAAAUUAGAUGGUGAAUUAAUUAUUAAUACUAAUCUAUCAAAAAAAUUUAAUGAAAAUUUAACUGCUAGAAAUUAUAAUGAUAUUAAAGAUACUAUUACAAAACGUAAGAAAAAAAAAAAAGGUAAAGAAUCUUUUUUAAAUGAAAUAUUGGGAGGUCCAGGAGUGCAAAAUUUUGAUGGGGUUGUUGAAAUUGAGGAGGAUGAAGACCCCCCUGAAAUGGCUAGCAUUCCAAAUGCAGUGGAAAUGGGUGAAGAUGCAGAGACUGACAAAGUUACUGAAAUUGAUCAAGUGUUCGUAAAGAAAACAUAUGAUGAGAAAGUGUCACCCACAAAAUUGCUGAGCGAUUAUAAGGAAAGUCUACUAAUGAAGGAUGAGGACCUAUUUGGCGAAGACUUUUUUGAAAUAAAAAAUGAAGAAGCUGUAAAUGGUGAGAAGAAUAAAGACGGUAAGAUUGAUAAAGAAGAAGCCGAAUCUAUUUCAAAACGGGUUCAGGAUGGAAUUACAGAUGACUCAUUUUUUAUUAUCGAGGAAACAGAAUUAAAAUCAGAUGAAUUUACAAAUUUAGAGAUGGACAAGUUAGAAGAAAAAAAUAAUACAGAAGUAGAAAUAAUAAUAGAUAAUAAUGAUAAUGAUGAUGUUGAAAAUGUAAAGGAACAAUCAAACAUUUUAGUGCCUACUCCCUCUGAGCCAGUUGUUUGUGUUUCAUCGUCUGAGUCUUCUUCAUCAAGCUUUGAAUCGAUUGCUCAUGGGAAGGAACCUUUAGCCAGUCUUGGCGAUGAUGAUGUGGUUGUUUUGCUAAGCGACAAAGAGUCGACGGGAAAGGACGACCAUCUCAACAAUGCCACUGUAAAGGAGGUCGAAGCCAAUGCUAUUGAGAAGGAUGAAGUGGCUGAUAAGGGUGACGUGGUUGAACUAGCUGAUGCUGUUGCGGAGGCUGACGUGGUUGAGAAGGAUGAAGUGAUUGAGCUGGCUGACAUGGUUGAAGAUGCGGAGGGUGACGUAGUUGAUCUGGGUGAUGCUGCUGAGGAGGGCGACGCGGGGCGCGCUCAAAAGUUUUUAACCAAAGAGAUAAUGAAUAAUAUUCUUAUAAAAAAAAAGAUUGAUUUGAAAAAUGCGGGUGAGAACGAUUUGCUCGAGAAUUUUUUGAACAACAAAGAAGUGCUAGAUGCAUUUGGUGAGUCAAAGGUGAUAGAAAAUGAAGAAGGUAUUCAGGGGUUGGAAGGGAUUGAUGAAGAUAUGGAUGAAAAAACAAUAGAUAGUAGGUUGAACGAAAAACAAAAAGAAGGAGAAGAAUUAAUGAAAGAAUAUAAAAGAUUAAAAAAUACAAAUAUUACAAUAAACGAAGAAAUGAAUGAAGAUAUAAAAUUAUUAUUAGAUUUUUUUGGAAUACCAUAUAUACAAUCACCUUGUGAGGCUGAAGCUCAAUGCUCGUAUUUAAAUAAUAAUAAUUAUUGUGAUGCAAUAAUUAGUGAUGAUUCAGAUGUAAUAGUUUUUAGUGGUAAAACUAUAAUUAAAAAUUUCUUUAAUAAAAAAAAAACAGUUGAAGUAUAUGAAAAAAAUUUAAUAGAAAGAAAGUUAGGAUUAUAUCAAGAUGAUUUAAUAAAUAUAUCGAUGUUAUGUGGUUGUGAUUAUACAGUAGGUGUACAUGGGAUAGGUAUUGUUAAUGCUUUAGAAGUUGUUAAAGCAUUUCCUACAUUUGAAGACUUAAAAAUUUUAAAAGAAAUUGUUUCAAAUCCUCUUAGACAUUUAUAUCAGGAGAAUGAUGAAAAUAAUUACUCAGACGAAAUAAAACAUUUUUUAAAUACUCAUAAAAAUUAUAAAUUAAAUUGGAUAUUCCCUAAAAAUUUUCCUGAUAGAGAAGUUUAUAAAUGUUUUAAAUAUCCAAAAGUUUGUAAAGAUAUUAAAAAAUUUGAAUGGCAUCCUCCUAACAUGAAUAAUAUUAUACAUUACUUAAACAAAACUACAAAUAUUUCUGAAGAAAAAAUUUUUGAUGUUUUAGAUCCCAUACUAAAAAAAUAUAAUGUCAAAGUUCGAAGUUACCAACUAAGAAUAGAAGACUUUUUUCCUGUCAUUGAAAAAAAGAGAAAAUCUGUUGAUGAUUUAAUAAACACAAUUCGAAACAAAAAAAAAAGUACUACCCCAAAAAAAACUACUACACCCCGAAAAAAAAAAUCAACAUCCAAACAAAAUGCAAAUAAUAAUAAUGAAUGGAGUGACAAUAGUUCAAAUCAACCAAAUGUAACCGAUGAAAUGUCUAACUUGAUAGAUGCUAAUCCUUCGGGAAUUGUCGUAUCAAAAAGAAUGUCAAAUGCGUUAAAACAUAUUAAAAAGAGAAAGGAAACAAUUAAAAAUUCUGCAUCUAAAAAAGGAACCCAGAAAGAUGCAUAG